AUGGCCGCCGAUGCAUCCUCAAAUCACACUGAUAUGCAACAAAAUAUGCACAUCUCAACUCCAAACCCUUCACGAGACCAAUCUCCUGUGCCAGUCAAAAACAUAGACCCUGACACUCUGACAUCAAUACCAUCGCCAAAGUCGAUCGAAGAAGAGUCUACUCCCAUACUUCCAGAUGACGAAGGACAAGUAAAAGAAUUUACCUUGCGCAUCUCAGAUGAUCCCGUAAAAACUGCUCGAGGGAUCUAUAUCUUGUCGUAUGGCAACAUGAAUGUAGAAAUGGUUAAUGAUGAUGUAAAAGAUCGAGUCUUCUUGGCCAUCGUCAAGGCUCUCCUAAAAGUCAAUAACUCACCCAUGACACCUAAGGAGAUCUCACAAACAAUACUUCGAUUAAAACUCACCCCGUUAGGUGGAUCCACGCCAAACGCAACUAUAUCCUCUCGAUUGAGUCAACAUUACAAAAAGGCCGCAGAAUUCAAACCAAAUGGCAGAACGCCACUGUUGGGAAGAGAACCAAUAGAUCCCAGCUCACGAAAGCUACAUUACUUUAUUCUUCAGGAAGGAAUACCUGUAAACCAGCCUUUGGCGCAAAUCUCUGGCGAUACGGAGGCUGGGGGAGUUCCUCCUAAUAUCGAUUUAACUGCUGGCACGCAUAAUAAUCAUUCAACAAGACAUUUCGCUCCACCAUCUCCCAAUGCUAGCAACUUGGUGCGAAAAGUAGGUCGACCACCAACGUCAUCCAUCAUAUCCACUCCAUCAUAUAAAAACAUAAAAUCACAAGUCAAUCCAUUUGCAUCUGACACUGCACAACGACAGCCUCCUCUACUUGCACCUCACGAACCCCGGUAUGUGCAACUCUCUCACACCAAAUCCAAUAUUUUACACAAUAAAACCAGGUCUCUCGGAGCUGCUGCUCGCCCCUUCCCUAACGGAGGUGGCAAGUCACUGGUCCCAUUAUUAUUAGCAGCUGAAGCCAUUCUAGGCCAAGAUGACGAUGAUGUGGAGGAUAGUAGAUUAGGUCGGCAAGAUUCGAAAGGAAAACAUAAUAUUGAUACUCAUAAACGUCGUCCACGUAGUAGGCAGCAAAGCUCAAGGAGACCGUCUUCUAGUCGUGAGUCGUCGCCGUCUUCUGAUGCUGAUGAUGAGGACGACGACAUCGACAACCAUAUCCCACGAGACUCUCUCAACGAUCUUACUGUAUCGAGUAAUCAAAGUGCGCCGACUCGAGUACCACUAGAUAUUCGCUCGUUUGACUGGGAAGGUAGUGAGCCUCGAUCACGAUUAGACUCUGGAGAAUGGGUAUUAGGAACAGCAAUUCUCCAAUCUCCAAGGGCUCCGAAGCUUGUACCCGCUAGUCCUUGGAGAGCGACAGUUGCAUGGGAUCAUGAAGCAGAUACGCUUGAAGAUCCGUUGAAUCGUCCGUUGACGCCCAUGUUGAGUCCACGAGCAUGGAGAGAUGUACGUCCUCCCGAGUCUGUCUCUGUCAACGAGUUGGACCGUUUAUGGGUUGACGAGCGUAGGCACAAUACUGCCAGUAGAUCUAAUAAUGACCUUUAUUCUCCUAAACGCACUCCUCGCAAACGUAAAGUGAGCUCAACGUUUGGAUUGAGUCCAUCGUUUAAAAAGGUUCAAAAGACACCACAUGAUCUCUUUGGCAUCGAUGAGCCAGCACGUACGAGUGCUAUGGAAGAUGGCAUUCAAGGUAGCGACGAUGCUAGGAAACCUCGAAAGACUGUCAAGUUUGGUGAUGAUACUGAUACAACGCCAUCUCGUAAACAUAAAAACGAUGAGAGUGGUAUGAACAGCAGCAGGUCUCAUAUCAAGAGUCUCAUCAACGCAACAGGAGCAUUUGGCCGAAAGAGAUCUUCAUCGAGUGGGAGGAGCGCUACGGGAUCUGGUACAGCAGAUAUUAUAGUAGAACCAUCCCCUAAACGAGCUAGACUACAUCGCCGUGCAAACUCUCCCAACGAAACACAACCAACAACAUCGUUUAUACCAUCAACGAAUUAUAAUAUUUCACCGACAGUGCCAGUAGGAGAUGUUACGUAUUUGGAGGCUUCUGAGCCGCCUCUUGAUUUGGAUCCAAGUACUCUGGAAUUGCACUCGCCGCAAAAGUCUCUGUCGCCCUCAAGUCCUCAUAUAUAUAUAGCAGUUGUCGAUGGAGUAGGAUUAUACAUUACUUGGUUAAAAGCUUCGUCACCACAAGAACAACAUGGCAUUCCGCUUAUGCGUCGAUUGGAUACUGAUAUGGUACAUGGUGCGACACUUUUAUAUGCUGGUGGAAUGUUUACUGAAAAGGAGCGCUCGAUCGUUUUGAGUCUGGAACGAGGCCGUGUUCGUCACAAGGGACACAGUCCGCUGAUGGGUACAUGGAUUUCUUUAUUCAGAGCAAGGAAUUUGGCCAGUACAUGUAGUCUAGACGCAGUGUUGGAGCAGUUCUUGAGUGACGACCUCUCUUCGUAUUUUGAUCCGACUUUAUUGGCAGCGAUGCAUCCACCAUCUCCACCAAUGCCACUCAUAACACCAUACGGAACUCCCAUACUGUUGAACUCGGCACAAUAUACGCCCAUCUAUCCAACAUUGCUACCGAGCAGUCAACCAUUGUCUAGAGCUAGUCAUCCACCAUCACCACUCAACUACUUUACAUCAACACUAGCUGCAUUAUUGGCCAAUCAACAAGUCGCUCAACAAAAUGGUCUACCUGUGCCUGAACUGGAUGCUCCCAAAGAGAUGGCUGUAAAUGAUAAUAUAAAUCCAGAUCAUCGGUCAGCUAUAACGUUAUUUAUGGAAGCCUUCAAGACGUCGCUCAGUAGAAAGGUGGAAGAAAAGUCGGUUGGUAGUUUACUACCUGCAGCACCAGCUAUACCAGCUAUAAACAUUCCAUCAACGGAUAUCGCAAAUGGUAAAUAG